AUGGCGGCGUUCCGCGACAUGGAGGAGGUGAGCGACGGGCUAGUGAGCCUGCUGAGGGCUAACCGCGCCGAGGCGCAGCAGCGGCGGCUGCUCGGGCGUCACGAGCAGAUGGUGGAGCGGCUGCUGGAGAUGCAGGACGACGCCGACCGGCAGCUUCGUGACACUCUGGCUGUGGAGGAGGAAGUGGCUCAGAGCCUUCUUGACUUGAAGGAAUGUACGCGCCAGGGAGGCACCGAGCUCCAGCAGUUGGAAGUCGAGCUCCAGAAGGCCAGCAAGGAGGAUACCUGUCUGCAGGCCAGGCUGUGUCAGCUCACCGCAGAGCUGCAGGAACUCAGGGAGAUGGAGAAAGAUCUCGAGCGACAGGAGAGAGAGGUGGAUGAGGACAACACCGUCACCAUCCCCUCUGCAGUGUAUUUGGCGCAGCUGUACCACCAAAUCAGUAAAAUAGAAUGGGACUAUGACUGCGAGCCAGGGACGGUCAAGGGCAUUCACCACGGCCCCGCUGUGUCCCAGCCUGUCCACUUGGACAGUGCUCAGCUCUCACAGAAGUUCAUCAGUGACUACCUCUGGAGCCUGGUGGACACCACGUGGUAGCCAGAGCCCCGACCUCUUACCUUGCAUAGAAUUGGGGCUGGGGGGCCCAAGAAGGCGCUUGCUCUAAAAUUAAAUGACUCUAUGUAAAUGA